AUGGCGGCGCCUGAGAGCAAUCGCCAGCCGGUCCUUGCCUCGACUGCAGCUCACAAUCACCUUGCGUAUCUGGCCGCUUCGCCGCCUUCGUCCUUUUCAGUUGUCCGCUGCGCUCAACCGCGGAGUGCGAGCGUGUCGGGGACGCCUAACAUCCUUCCGCGCAUCUUCGCGGACAGUGAACAGGCGCACGCGCAGCCGCGAAGAGCUACGGUCCUUCCAGCUGUGCGCACUGCAGUUUCAGCUGAAGGCUCUCCGCGUCCGAAAUGGGUCAUCUCGCGGGCGUCUGUCUCGCCUCUUCCCCCGACGAUUAAGGCCUCUCUGGAAGGUUCGCUCGACCGGUCUGAGACGUCUGACGUGGAGGCGCGCGCCUCCCUCUGCGACGAUGGUCCCGACAGACUCGGCAUCCGAAGCGCGGUCUCACCCCGAAAGGACACUCCCAACUUUCUACGUUUCCUCUGCCUUCUGGGAGGGCUGAUGAACGCGGGAAUUUCCCUUCUGGCUGCAGUCGACGUCAUGCACUUCCUUAUUGAUCCUGCCACAUACGGCCUGACCGUUGCCCAGACGUGUCUGGGGCUGAUUGUCGUCCUUCGCGAGGCAGGCCAGUUUGCUCAGCUUUCAACUCUCCAGAAGAAACUCAUGGACAAUUGCGUCUUCCUGGACAGUCCCGUCUACAAAGGCCUCUUCUACAUGCACCUAGGGUUGGUCAGUCUGGCUCUCCGCAGCGUCGCCUCUUUGUACACCGUCCCCGGCUUCUUUAUGGUCGUGACAGGAUUCCUGUGCAUUUUGAUUCAAAAAUCGGUCGAGGAUGACACGAUGAAAGACAACCUUGAAAAGGUCACCGCCUUCUUCGCUGCGACGAGGCACUAG